UUUAAAUAGCUAUGACAUGGAAUAGUAUGUGCCCUUAGAAGAUUCAUUCUGGAAUUCAGUUCUUAGGGUGCCAAAAUGAAGAAGUGCUUUGUCUCUACUUUGGGUUCAGGAGCCCCAGAGUAUGGGAAGUGGAGGUCCUCAGGAUAUCACGCAGCUGAGGACAUUUGUAUUUUUAUCAGUUGUCAGGCUGCCGAGGCUCAUGGGGAACUAAUAAACAGCCUUUCCUUUUGGUUAGAAUAUCUCUACUCCAUAUAGCAACUCUUUUACCUCAGGCUGGUUGUGAUUCAUCUUAAUUCAGAGGACAAACAAAUUAAUCAUUAAUUAAGUUAUGAAAUCUUUAACAACAGUGAUCCAUACAAGAGAUACUAAAAGGGCUGUGGGUGAUAAACAGAGGAAGCAGGCAGGAUUGAAAGAUUUUUGAAGUCUUCUCUAGCAGGAACUAUUUAAUGAUUUUUACUCUUUGUAUUUUUUUAAGUGUUCUGUUUAAUAUUUAAUAUGAUUGUAUCUAGCUGUUGGCCUCAUAUUUAUCUUUUAGUCCCCCUGCCAGCAUUUUAUUAUGCAAAAUUUCCAGUAUACAGUAAAAAUAAAGGAAUUUAAAAGUGAAUACCUAUAUGGUCAACAUAUAACAUUAAUAUUUUGCAAUGCUUGCUUGAUCACAAAGCUGUACAGGUAUCCAUCACUAUGUACACCCCCAGCUACUUUAUAUUUUUAUAUGCUUGAUUAGGUUUAUUUUAUUAUUUGAUCAUCCAUAUGAGAGAAGUCAGUGUUUUGUACUCAUCCUCCAGAAACUAAUAGUGGUAAAUAAAUACAUGAAGCAAUGCUUUUUAAGAGGUAUGGAGUAAAAAUUGCUCUCGCUGGAAGGAUUCUUUAAGAAUCAAGGUGAGGCAAGGGGAAGAAACGCGUAGGUGGAAAAAUAAGCCCUUGGGAAAAGAAUUCACUAUAUUAGAUAACUCAUUAAAAUAUUCUUUUUGAUAUGUUAGGUUUUUAGUUUCACUUUGCAAGCUAUGCAGGCUCAGCUCUUCUUGUUUCCAGUAAAUGGCAACAUAACUGGGGCAGAAAAGGAGCUAAGUUAGUAAAAUGUUUUAAAGAAAAUCCUUGAAGGUUGAAGGCCAACAAUCGCAUAACACUAACGCCUAAGAUAACAGUUUGGGGCAGCUUUACUUCCUCUAGAUAAGUUACUACAUCGAAUCGCCUGGCUUUCCUGUUCAUCACUGGUAUAGAAUCCACAAUACUAGUUCUUUUGGAGUUCUGAAGGCAGCUGCAAAGGGCAUGCAUAGGUCAUAGGGCAAAAUCAUGACUCAAGAGAAAGGCGUAGUUACUUUGUUCUUCAUGAGCUAUGGAAAUGCACACUAGAAAGCCGUACUUGUUUUGGAGGACGGUUUUUGGUUGCUGCUGUUUUCUGGCAGUUCAUGUUUACUAGAAACAGAGCAGCAAAGUUAUUAAUAAACAUUUAUCUCUUUCACUUUCAGUUCACUUCUUUAAUUGAGAUGGACAUGAUAUAAUCUCCAUUGAGUCAAAGAAUGGCAUCUAGUCCUGAGCUUCCCACUGAAGAUGAACAGGUUUCCUGGGGCAUCGAUGAUCUCCAUAUUUCAUUGCAAGCUGAACAGGAAGACACUCAGAAGAAAACCUUCACGUGCUGGGUAAACUCACAGUUGGCCAGGCACUCUUCUCCCUCCGUUAUAUCUGACCUAUUCACAGACAUUAAAAAGGGGCAUGUCCUCCUGGAUCUGCUAGAAGUACUUUCUGGGCAACAGUUGCCUCGGGAUAAAGGAUCUAAUACAUUCCAGUGUAGAAUCAAUAUAGACCAUGCCUUGACAUUCCUAAGAAACCGAUCAAUCAAGCUAAUAAAUAUUCAUGUUACUGAUAUAAUUGAUGGAAACCCAUCCAUAAUCCUUGGCCUAAUUUGGACAAUUAUCCUGCACUUUCAUAUUGAGAAGCUUGCCCAGACUCUUUCUUGCAAUUACAAUCAGCCUUCCCUGGAUGAUAUGAGUGUGGCUGAUUCAUCUCCUACCUCAAGUCCUCCAGCUAAGAAAUGCUCCAAAGUGCAAGCAAGAUGGCAGAUGUCUGCAAAAAAGGCCCUUCUUUUGUGGGCUCAGCAACAAUGUGCCAUGUAUGAGUCUGUCAGUGUGACAGACUUUAAGUCAAGCUGGAGAAAUGGGAUGGCUUUUUUGGCCAUCAUUCAUGCCUUGCGACCAGACCUAAUUGACAUGAAGAGUGUGAAGCAUAGGUCCAACAAAGACAAUCUGAGAGAGGCCUUCAGAAUUGCAGAACAAGAAUUAAAAAUCCCCAGACUCCUGGAACCAGAAGACGUGGAUGUUGUUGAUCCUGAUGAAAAGUCCAUCAUGACCUAUGUGGCACAAUUUCUUCAGUAUUCCAAAGAUGCCCAUGGGACUGGAGAGGAGGCUCGGGGAAAGGUGAACAAUGCUAUGGUCUGGUUGACUCUGCAAAAGGAAAAACUACAGAAGUUGCUAAAGGAUUCAGAAAAUGAUACCUACUUUCAAAAGUAUAAUAGCCUGCUGUCAUUUAUGGAGUCAUUCAAUGAAGAAAAAAAGUCCUUUUUGGAUGUCCUGUCGAUAAAAAGGAAUCUGGAUGAGCUGGACAAGGAUCAGUUACAGUUGGAAGAAGCCUGGGAUGGCCUCAAUCACCAGAUUAAUGCAUGGACAGUAAAGCUGAAUUGUGCCUUGCCUCCACCCCUCCAUCAAACUGAAGCUUGGCUUCAGGAGGUAGAAGGGCUUAUGGAUGAAGAUUUGUCAACCUCCCAGGAUUACUCUCAAGACACGACUCUGAUACAAGAGAAAAUGACUUUAUUCAAGAGCCUGAUGGAUAGAUUUGAGUAUCAUUCAAACAAUCUCCUUACCUUUGAAAAUAGAGAUGAAAAUCAUUUGCUGUUGGUGCCACCUGACAAAUUGGAGGAAAUGAAAAGACGAAUCAACAACAUUUUGGAGAAAAAAUUUAUUCUGCUUCUAGAAUUUCAUUACUGCAAGUGCUUAGUUCUUGGUUUGUCAGAUGAAGUGAAAUCAAAAUUGGAUAUUUGGAACAUUAAAUAUGGGAGCAGAGAAUCUGUGGAAUUAUUGCUGGAAGACUGGCAUAAAUUUAUUGAAGAAAAAGGAUUCCUAGCCCAACUUGAUACCUCUUUUCAAAAGUGUGAAGAAAUUUAUAAGAAUUUGGCUGGAGAAUGUCAGAAUAUUAAUAAACAAUAUAUGGUGAUGAAAUCUGAUGUUUGUAUGUAUAGGAAAAAUAUAUAUAAUGUGAAGUCCACUCUACAAAAAGUGCUGGCAUAUUGGGCUACUUAUGUGGAAAACCUUCGCUUAUUAAGGGCUUGCUUUGAGGAGACAAAGAAGGAAGAAAUUAAAGAGGUUCCCUUUGAGACAGUAGCCCAGUGGAAUCUAGAACAUGGGACUUUAAAUGAAGCAGGAAAUUUUUUAAUCGAAGUCAGCAAUGAUGUGGUUGGAUCAUCUAUUUCUAAAGAGCUGAGAAGGCUGAAUAAAAGAUGGAGAAAGUUUGUUUCAAAAACUCAACUUGAAAUGAACCUACCACUGAUAAAAAAACAGGAUCAGCCCACUUUUGACAAUUCUGGAAAUAUUCAACUAUCUGAAGAAGAAAAAGCAACUGUUGAGUUUUCAACAGAUUUGCCAAUAGAACUUCCUGAAAAUUAUAAUCAAAAUAUAAAGACUGGAGAGGAACAUGAAAAAGAAAAUGAAGAAUCCACAGGGCAACUAAAAGUGGCUAAAGAUGUUGAAAAAGUCAUUGGACAAGUGGAAAUCUGGGAGGCAGAAACCAAAUCUGUUUUGGAUCUUCUGAGAGAUCAAGUUGAUGUGAAUACUUCAAUGGAAGAAUCUUUGAAGCAUCUUAUUGCCAAAGGCUCUAUGUAUGAGGAGCUUCUGGCAAGAACUGAAGAUAUGUUAUACAUGGAUAUACAAAAUUUUUCAAGCCAGGAGUCCUUUCAACAUGUUCUCACAGCUGGGCUUCAGGCAAAGAUUCAAGCAGCUAAAGAGAAAGUCCAGAUCAAUGUGGUAAAACUCGUUGCAGCAUUGAAGAACUCAACCGACGUUUCACCAGAAUUGGACGUCAGGCUGAAGAUGGAAGAAUCCCAGAAAGAACUUCAAUCGUACAUGACUAGGGCUCAGCAGUUACUGGGGCAAAGAGAGAGCCCUGGUGGACUCAUUUCAAAAUACAAGGAAGCACUAAUAAUUUCUAAUACAGAAAGUCUGGCGAAGUAUUUGAAAGCUGUUGAAGAACUAAAAAAUCAUGUAACUGAGGACAUAAAGAUGUCCUUAGAAGAAAAGAGAAGAGAUAUCUGUGCCACAUGGGAGUCUCUUCAUCAUGAACUGUCUCUAUAUGUUCAACAACUAAAAAUAGAUAUUGAAAAAGGAAAACUUAGUGACAAUAUUUUAAAACUUGAAAAGCAAAUAAAUAAAGAAAAGAAGCUUAUUCGUAGAGGAAGGACCAAGGGUCUCAUCAAGGAACAUGAGGCCUGCUUUUCCGAGGAAGGCUGUCUGUACCAGCUUAAUCACCACAUGGAAGUCCUGAGGGAGCUGUGUGAAGAGCUGCCUUCACAGAAGAGUCAACAAGAAGUGAAGCGACUACUCAAAGAUUAUGAACAAAAAAUAGAAAGACUUCUGAAAUGUGCUUCCGAGAUUCAUACGACACUGCAGGCCACAGGGGGAGGCACGUCGAGAAAUGAGGGGACCAUCACCACAUCCGAGAAUAGAGGAGGGGAUUCCCACAGUGAGGCAAUCGAACCUGUUAUGAAUUUUAGCCUGGCAUCAGAGUUAAAGCCUCCGCAAGAAGAAAGCAUUAUGGAAAAGGAUUACAGUGCAUCUAUAAAUAGUUUACUAGAGAGGUAUGAUACAUACAGAGAUCAUCUUGAACACCACCUGCAAAACGGCGAAUUCACGGUUACUUCUGAUUUCGCUAGUGAAGAGGACAGGAGUAGUUCUUGUCUGCAGGCUAAACUGACAGAUCUACAGGUCAUAAAAAAUGAAACUGAUGCUUGCUGGAAAGAGUUUGAAAUUAUUUCACUGAAGUUAGAAAAUCUUGCGAAUGACAUAAAGAAGCCUUUUAUAGUUAAGGAAAGAGACAGACUAAAGGAAAGAGAACAAGAGCUUCAGAUGACUCUUAAUACGAGAAUGCAAUCUUUAGAGACAGCACGGCAGCUUGUGUUACCUGUAGAGAAGGCGUCACUCCUUCUCUGUGGCUCGGACCUGCCUCUCCAUAAAAUGGCUAUCCAGGAAUUUGGUCUUAUUAAUGCUGAUGGCAUUUAUCAACACCUGAGGAAAAUCCAAGAUUCUAUAGCAAAACAGAUUGAAACAUGUAACCGCUUAGAAAAACCGGGCAACUUUAUAUUGAAGGAGUUACAUCCAUGUGAUCGACAUGCAAUGCAGAAUGUUAUACUGAAAUACAAAACACAAUUUGAAGAAAUGAAUCACAGGGUGCAGAGGAGUGAAGAUACUCUAAGAGCUCUGGAAGGCUUUUUGGAAUCUCUCAAAACAGCUAAACUCUCUGCUGAGCCUGUUGUAGACCUUUCAGCCUCAGACACACAAGUGGCACAAGAGAAUACUUUGACAGUAAAAAAUACAGAGAGAGACAUUCAUCUGAUGAAAGACAAGGCCAAACAUUUGGAUAAGCGUUUGAAGAUGCUUGAUAUGAGCUUUAAAGAUGCUGAACAGGGUGAAGACACCUCCUGUGAAAACCUUGUUGAUGCUUUAUCAGUAAAGUUAUCUGAGACACAUGGCUAUGGGGUACAGGAGGAAUUCACUGAGGAAAACACAUUACUAGAGGCUUGUAUUUUCAAAAAUAAUGAACUCCUUAAAAAUAUUGAAGAUGUACAGAGUCAAAUCAGCAAAAUUGGUCUUAAGGAUCCUACUGUCCCUGCUGUGAAACAUCGGAAAAAAUCUUUAAUCAGACUGGAUAAGGAUCUAGAUGAAUAUGAAGAAGAGAAGAAACAUUUACAAGAAAUGGCUAAUUCUCUUCCACACUGCAAAGACGGCAGAGAAAAAGCUGUGAGUCAGCAGUGCCAAAAUACCAUACUCUUGUGGGAGAAUACCAAAGCUUUCAUCACUGAAUGUCUUGAACAAUGUGGAAGAGUUUUGGAGCUCUUAAAACAAUACCAGAAUUUUAAAGCCAUCUUGACAACUUUGAUUCAAAAAGAAGAGAGUGUCAUCUCCCUGCAGGCUUCGUACAUGGGAAAGGAGAACCUGAAGAAAAGGAUAGCAGAGAUUGAACUUGUGUUGAGGGAUCAAGUUUGUCUCUUAGCAAAAAGUCAGAAUAUCCAUUUCAGUUUUUUUUUUUUUUUUAUGUUACGCUUUAUCUUUAAAGGCAAAAUUUGAAUUUUAUCAGUGGUAUAGAAAAAUGUAGAACAGUGAAAAGAAUGCAUUUCACAUUGAAAUGAAGUAGUCUCAACCCAUUCUCUAGCAAUGAAGUUGUCUUAAAUGUAGUUAAAUAACAACCAUUACACUA